AAAAAAAAAAAAAAAAAGCAAAAACAACAAAACACGAUAAAACUGGACGCAAUAUGAGCUGAAAGCUUGUUUACGUGUCCGUGUCUUCUUCAUAGCCGAACAAUCGUUGAAGACACAACGCGCACGGCAGGCGGGCAGCGCGUACUGUCAACGCAGCAAUUGUUGAUCACCGAAACAGGUGUUUCCCUUUAUUUAUUUAUUCUUUUUCAUUUUUGUUUUGUUUUCGGUUUUGUUUUUGGCUCAAACUAUUUUGGCCUAAACUCACGCUUUGCCGGCUCUGAUACCAAAACAGACGCUAAGCGCAAAAUGAACAUUCACGUUAACGCCAACACACUCAAGUAUGUGAGCCUGCUCACAUUGACCCUACAAAAUGCGAUCUUGGGCCUCAGCAUGCGCUAUGCGCGCACUCGGCCGGGCGACAUAUUUCUUAGUUCCACAGCUGUGCUCAUGGCGGAGUUUGUCAAGCUGAUCACCUGCCUGGUGCUGGUCUUCAACGAGGAGGGCAAGGAUGCUCAGAGAUUUGUGCGCUCGCUGCACAGGACGAUCAUUGCCAAUCCGGUGGACACGCUCAAGGUGUGCGUGCCCUCGCUGGUGUACAUCGUGCAGAACAAUCUGCUGUACGUGUCCGCCUCGCACUUGGAUGCGGCCACCUACCAGGUGACAUACCAGCUGAAGAUCCUCACCACCGCCAUGUUCGCCGUGGUCAUACUGCGCCGCAAGCUAUUCAACACGCAGUGGGGCGCUCUGGUGCUGCUCGUCCUGGGCAUUGUGCUGGUGCAGCUGGCCCAAACGGAUGGCGGCAGCGGCGUCGGCGGUGCCACUGGCAACGCCAUUUCAACGGCUGCCAGCGCGACUCUGACAUCCGCCGAGGCACCUGCACAGAACCGAAUGCUGGGCCUGUGGGCGGCACUGGGCGCCUGUUUCCUGUCGGGCUUCGCGGGCAUCUACUUUGAGAAGAUACUGAAGGGCGCCGAGAUCUCCGUGUGGAUGCGCAACGUUCAGCUCAGCCUGCUGAGCAUUCCGUUUGGGCUGCUGACGUGCUUCGUCAACGACGCCAGUCGCAUCUACAACUUUGGCUUCUUCCACGGCUACGAUGUCUUCGUAUGGUACCUGGUGCUGCUGCAGGCAGGCGGCGGCCUGAUCGUAGCCGUCGUGGUUAAGUAUGCGGACAAUAUACUUAAGGGAUUCGCCACCUCGCUGGCGAUCAUCAUCUCCUGCAUCGCCUCCAUCUACAUAUUCAACUUCAAUCUGACGCUGCAGUUCAGUGCCGGCGCCAUGCUGGUGAUUGCCUCGAUAUUCCUCUACGGCUACGAUCCAUCCCGGGCCAAUGCCAAGCCCAUCCCCCACUCUGAUCCCGGCGCUGGUGACGAGGAGAAGCUACUGCCACGAGUCUGAGCCAAUGCACAAUGCAAGCUCUCGACCCUGCCUAAAAAAAAAACCCCCAUCUCUAAUCCUAACCCAGGGCAACGUCAUCUUUCUUUUCCUUUGCCACCAGUAUUUGUUGUAUUUUAUUUCCUUCUACUCCUGGGCUGCGAGGUCCACGUGAUUAUUGUAUUUGUACUUCAAUUUGAUAUUCGAACUGCUUUUGAUAUUUUAAGCGGAAGCCUUACGCAUUCCCGAAUAGCCUCAUAUACAUACCAGGUGUAUAUGUAUAUAUGUACAUUUAUAUUAAGUCCCAUUGGUCUGGUAUAAGACGCUCGGGCUAACAUUACGUAUUUAUAUAUAUAGUUCUUUAGCCGGCA